GUCAAAUAAAACCACCUAAUAAAAAAGUUUCAUUGGAAAAAGGUCAAAUAACGCACCUAACAACCGACCCCGUUUAUGAAGAACACGUUACGGAGGACAUGAUAUUCGUAGACUAUGAGAAUCUCUCGUCAGUAAUCCAACCAGGAGACAGAGUGAUGCUAAACGAUGGAUCUGUAACACUUUCAGCCAUCGAAUGCGCGGAGAGCAUUGUGAAGUGCAUAGUUGAACGUGCAGGUGAUAUACUGAGUAGCUCUGCCGUGGUGGUACCAAAUGUUCCCAUGGAAACAUAUGAAGUUGCCGAGAAUGACAAAGAACUGAUUAAGAGUGGUAUUAAGGAAAAAGUGGAUUUCCUUUUCCUUUCCGGCAUACGCAAUAAGGAUGGUGUAACGGAUAUCAAAGAUUUGUUGGGCGACGCGGGGCAGUUUAUUUCAAUUAUUACCAAAAUAGAGAAUUCGGUUGCUAUAGAGAAUAUAGACAAAAUUAUUGAGGUGUCCGAUGGGAUAUGCUUAGAUUGUGACAGGUUGAUGAUGGAACUUCCGAAAGAAAAAGUUUUUUUGAUACAGAAAUCCAUUACAGCCAAAUGUAAUUUAGCAG